AUGGCAGUUGUGAAUAAAAGAGUUAGUCAGCCAGCUGCCGGCGAAGAGAUUCAAAAUGAAAAGGAAACAUCGAAAAAGGGUGAUGAUGCUGUUGAUGAGAAAUCUAUGAAUGUUUAUAAUGAAGAAUUGCUAUAUAAACAAUUACUUUCCUAUAUGAUGGAAGGUGAAACAGUUGCCUGUGCUCUAAAACGUCUUGACAAAAAUAGAGUAAAGUUGAGUUCUGUACAAAGAUUGCGGUUAAAGAAGCAAGGUAUCACAGAUGAAAAUGGAGACAAAAUAACAAAACUGACAGCGUUGGCCAACGAAAUUCUAACAAAAACUGGUAAUAUGGAUAUAUAUCAAGCUACUUAUGAAUCUAUAAAAGAAAAAGUGAAUUGUAUUCCGAGCACAAGCAAAGAUGGCGGCUUUCUAACAGAGUCUAGUUUUGAUAUGUAUUCCGAUGACUUCAACAAAAACGAGGAGGAGCAGUUAAAAAAGCAAAAUUUUAAGAACGAUAGUGAGGAAAAGAAUGUCACAGAUUCAAAACCGAAAGAGCUUCUUUGGGAAUUCAAGUGGAAUGAAAACGAUACCACCCUACAGGGACCCUUUAAUACAAAACAAAUGCUUAAAUGGUCGAAUGAUGGAUAUUUAAAAAAUGGAGUUUAUGUUAGAAAAGUGGGAGAACAAUCUAAUUUUUAUACGAGCAAUCGUAUAGAUUUUGAUCUUUAUUUAUGA